AUGUCUCAUCGUGCGAAUGAGCUGGAAAGCUCUGCCAUCACUCAUCGCCAUCAUCCCGGUGAAACACUUGGACAUGUCCGACUCCAGGAUGAAGUCACUGGUACAACACUUCUCGUACCCCAGCCUUCGUCCGAUCCUAAUGACCCUCUCAACUGGUCCAAGGCUUUCAAGAUAUACGUUGCUAUGCUGACUUGUGUAGCCCUGACCUGGAUCAACUUUUUUGCAGGUGGCCCUGGAGCAGUUUUAGUUGAAAUAGCCAUCGACCUCUUUGGUGUAUAUCUGCCCGAUGUGCACAAUCCUCCCACACUCUCUCCGGUAUCAAUUGCUGCGUUCUCAUCUGCAGUGAGCAAAACCGCUUUACUCUUUUCUACAGCUUCAAUGGUGGCCGGCGUGAGCAACAUUUUGUGGGUCCCACUCGCUGUCAAAUAUGGCCGUCGCGUGGUAUAUACUUUCUCCUUCCUGAUUUUCGGGCUCUGCUGCAUAUGGUCAGCGCGUGCCACCUCCUAUGGUAGUCUGCUGGCUUCGAGGAUUGUAGCAGCAUGGUUUUCUGGCAGCGCUGAGUGCGUUGCUCCCAUGACUAUCGCGGAUAUCUUCUUCCUUCACGAAAGAGGUAAAAUGACGGCCAUGUACUCGGCUGCGCUGUCGACAGGGGCUGCAUUUGGCUUAUUGAUCUCUGGAAUCAUGUCAAUCUCGCAGAAUUGGAGAAUGUUCCACUAUCUGUGCGCUGCUCUCGUUCUAACCACAACGGUCUUGAUUUUCUUCACUAUGCCGGAGACCGCAUAUCAAAGGGGUGUCAGUAGAACCGAGGAAGUAGUGAAUGAGAAAGUUUCUAGAUUGGCUCAGGUGGAGAAUGUCGAGGUGUCCAACACACCCAAGAAAUCAUUCAUUCAGCGAAUGGCCUUCAACCGUGCCCCUAUCACCCAUGAGAGUUUUUGGAAGAUUGCCCUCCGCCCCGUCAUCAUCUUUCUCUUACCACCAGUCUUCUGGUCGACGGUCUCUUUUGGAAUCGGAAUCGGAAUUUUCGUCAUCCUGGGCACCACGGCCGCAACGGCCUUCUCUCAGGUCUAUAACUUCACAGUCUGGCAAUUAGGAUUAGUCUGGAUUGCAGGUAUUGUGGGUAAUAUUUUGGGUAUACCCUUCGGUGGUUACUUCUCGGAUUGGGUAGCCAACCGUGCAACGUCGAAAAAUGGUGGCGUUCGAGAGCCAGAGAUGCGUCUUCCCGCCGUGAGCAUCGCUAUGAUCACCUACCCAGGAUCACUUCUCCUUUAUGGUCUAGGGAUUAAUUAUCAAGUUCACUGGAUGGUUCCUACGCUGGGGAUAUUCCUGUUCUCUUUUGGAAGCAGCGCUGCAAUAGGUAUCACUGUGGUCUACACAAUCGACUGCUACCGGCCGAUUGCCGGGGAGGUUGUUGUAAGCCAGGUCGCUUUUAAAUCCUUCAUCACGUUUCUCAUGUCCUUCUAUGCGAACCCAUGGGUGGACCGGGAUGGAUAUGCAGGAGCAUUUGGCGCCAUGGCGGCCUUUAGUUUUGUCAUUCUGGCGUUAUGGGUCCCGCUCUACGUCUGGGGUAAGCGUAUUCGUCAUGCCACUCUUAAAGGGCGUGUGAUGCGACUUGUCCACUGGGAUUCGGACAGAGAGACAGGCGAGUAG